CUCUCUCUGUCUCUCUGUUUUGGCUAGGCUCAAGCUCAACUCGUUGUCUCUCUGUCCUGCUCUGAUAUCAGGAACUCAAAUGAAGGCUACAGAAUGUCUUGCAACUUGUGGACAGAUAGUUGAUCAGAAAAGGCACUGAUACCCAUGGAUGUGAUGGCAUUGGUUUCUGAUUUGCUAACUAACAUAAUAAUCUUAGUGACUAGGCCUUUUUCACUUUUCAAGCUGUUAUGCUUGUUUGGCAUAAAAACUACUUUUAUUAUCGUUCAUACAUGCAUAGAGUUGAUGAUGGCAUCAGUCUGCUUCCAUGUGAACCUAUUCUGGAGAAUAACGAUGUGGACAUUUGCACUUAUAUCUCUGCCUGGGCGAGUUUUAACUGCCUUAGAGAGGGAGAGACAGCUGGAACGGCAUUUACUUGAUAUGCAAAUUGAGUUGGAGAAUCUGGCAUGGGAUAGGAAAGAACUUCAGGAACAUCUACAAACAGCCAUUAAAGAACAAAAAAUGAUGGAGUUGAUAUUAGCAGAACUUGAAGAGGAGCAUGACAAGGCCAUUGCUAAAAUUGAACUGCUAGCAAGCGAGUUACACGAUCUGAAAACUGAAAAUCUUCGGCUAAGAGAAAUUCAGGGCAAAGGAUAUUGGAACAAUAAAGGUAGAGAUGAAACAGGCAAUGUCAAGGACUUAGCCAUUGCUGACUAUGGCAUUCCCUAUGGGAUCCCGUCAUGGAAAUCCCGUUAUGAUGGAAGCGGUAUGAUCCUCCAAGACCUUCUGAUGCACAAAGAUGCUUGGGGAGACGAGAGCAAAACUAAAACAGAGUUGCUCAAAAUCUUAAGAAAUGAAUCAAUAUCUAGUGGGCCUAUACAUCCUGUUAUGCCUGAAAUCAACCUCAGACAUUUAGAUAUGAGUGAAGUUUUGGAUCAGCGAAGGGGUAUUGCAAUCAAACAGAGUCUUUUCAGCGCAGUGUUAUCACUUUUGGUUGGAAUAAUUGUUUGGCAAGCUGAAGACCCUUGCAUGCCCCUCGUUGUUGCUCUCUUCACCGUAGUUGGUAUGUCACUGAAGAGUGUGGUUCAGUUUUUCUCCACCAUAAACAACAGACCUGCUUCUGAUGCUGUUGCUCUCUUAAGCUUCAACUGGUUCAUACUUGGCACGCUUACCUACCCGACAUUGCCGAAGGUAGCUCAUAUGGUGGCCCUAGUGGCAUUAAAUUUUGUGGACCGAGCAUUGAGCUUGCUUGGUUUUUCUUUUUUCCUAGCUUAAGUCUCCCGGCCUUUUCAUACACUACAUGUACUAUAGACCCUGAAAUAUGAAGUUUUGUUUGUUGUAUAUACAUGGUUUACACUUUGUACAGUAGCGUGUUCUGCUAUUCAA